CUUCUAGAAUGUCCCCUGACCUCGUCAUGCCUCUGCUUUGGACUGCUUUGCCUUAAAGCGUUUGAGGGAUUCCUCCUUACUGUGCAGGUCACUCCCUUCAAAAGGUAGUGGAAAUAAAUUUGAAUAAACAAAACAGGUUUGCUGAAAAUAAAACCAGGACUCCUAAACUGCUCCAGCCAGCCUAUUUCCACAGGGCCCUGCCUGUCAGCCUGUACAGCACCUCGGCUGGGAGAGCAGCAUCUGGCAUCCGGCAUGUACCAGGUGGUUGCCUUCUUAGCAAUAGUCAUGGGAACCCACACCGUCAGUUUGCCGCUUCAGAAGGACUGCACCCACUGGCCCAGCUGCUGCCCCAACAAAAUUCAGGACCCCACUGAGGAGUGGCUGAAGUGGAACACUGUGUUCAUGCCUCCCCCAGAGACCGCUAGCCUCACCCAUCACCCAGAAUCCUGCAGGGCCAGCGAGGACGGAUCCCUCAACAGCAGGUCCAUCUCCCCCUGGAGAUACGAGUUGGACAGGGACUUGAACCGGCUCCCCCAGGACCUGUACCACGCCCGCUGCCUGUGUCCACACUGUGUCAGCCUACACACAGGCUCCCACAUGGACCCCCGGGGCAAUUCAGAGCUGCUCUACCACAACCAGACCGUCUUCUACCGGCGACCGUGCCCUGGAGAACAGGGCACCCAAGGUGGCUACUGCCUAGAACGCAGGCUCUACCGCGUCUCCUUGGCUUGUGUGUGUGUGCGGCCCCGUGUGAUGGCCUAGUCAUGCUGCCCGUGGCUGGUCCCCUGUCAGAACACUGGAGCUGGGUGUACAACUAAUUACCUGCCUCACUGAACCGGACGCCGAGGGCUCAGCCCCUCCAAAGCAGCACCCGGAGCAGCAGGACUGUGGGACAGGAUGGGGCCUUUGCGGGGGUCUGCACUUUGCACUUUUUGGAGUGGACAGAAAAUGCAGGGUAAAGUGAAGGGAGCAGCAGUUGCUUGUGGCCGAUGGAAGCUGGUGUGCUGGCACUUCCUCUCAGAAACGUCUUCAAAGCUCUGCCCAUUGUUGGAGGCCACCACUCUGCCUCUUCCUUUCCUCCCAGCCCCAGCUGACCUGGUGCAGCAUAGGCACUUUCUUGACAUUUUACCCCUUGCCAACAGAGAGCCCCUCAUUCCAUUUCUUUGUUCAUUCAUUCAUUCAUUCAUUCAUUCAUUCAUCAAACAGUCAGUGAGCAUCUACUUUGCACACAUCCUGGUGUAGU